AUGGGGAAAAAGCCGGCAAGCUCUUCACAAAACGACCCCAACGUUGUGAAUCGCCAUAUCCCCGAAUCGACUGGUGUUACUAAAACUCGAUCAAAUGGUUCUGUAAAGGCAAAUCAGCGAAUCACGAUGCCGAGAAUGAAAUCGACUCCUCCAAUUGAUACUGUGACCAAGGGCAAAACUCGGUCAUCUCAGGCUCGUCGUCCUUCCGGAUCUGGUGCUGGAACUCCGACUUCCACGCAAUCACGGGACCAAUCACAAGAGCACGUUAUGCAUGAUGAACAUUUAGACAGUCAGACUACCACAUGGGUAGACGCAGACGUAACGGAUACCGAUUAUUGCAGGGCAGCUUACACUGCAUCCAAUCAGAACGAUGGCUUUGUACCGUACCAUCGUCCAGAGUCCAGACAAAGGAAACACACGGGGUUCACACCACCUCCGGAAGUCCCCAAACCACAAACUAAACGGAAAUCGCAACCUGCCCCGGGGAACCAAAACCCCAUCAAGUGA